AAAAGUGUUUGGGGGAGUCAUGACCUCACUAUUCCCUAAAAUCAUGACUACAAUCAUGCAAAUGUGUCCACGUAUUUCACCAUAGAUAAAUCUGUUAGAUUUCAGUUUCAGGGUGGAUUUCCUGCAGAUGGAGAGGUGGGCUGGUCACCUGACCAGAGUACAACCAGCUGAGUAAACAUGGCGUCUGUCUCUGGAUGUAAAAAUUAACAUGUCGCGCUUCUCUCUGUUCAAAUCGUGUUUGGUGCUCCGUGUUUUGACCCCGAGCAGAGAAACGUGAUGGACACGCAGCUCGGAGAGAGGACGAGGAGACGGAGAGAGGAGCUGCGCUGAUGAUCGCUCACAUCUCUGCCUGCACAUCAUGAGUGAUGCCUUCACGGACGCUGUGAUUGGCGCAGGAUAAUUGCUUUUGUUAACAGAGACACUGAUUUAUGUUUCUCGUCGCUCUUACUUGAUCCGCCACAUAUUAAAGCUCCUGAUCUGUGGACGGACUCCUGAAGGGGCGCGGCUGAAAAUUGGGCCCUCUUUGCUCUGGGGCCCCCCCUUUUAUAGAUUAUAUAAUCAUCUGAUCCAGACCCUUGGUCUCCUGUAAUCUACAGCUCUUAUGUGCAGCAGGAUGGACAAUCUGCCCACCGUCCUCCUCUUCGUCCGCUGUGCGUUGACAGCUGCUUUAUGACUGAUAACAGUGCUGCAGUGUGUGUUGUGUCUCUCAUGCCUGGCUCCACAACACCACUAUGAUAGGCUCACCUGACGUGGUGGCUUUCACUAAAGAGGAUGAGUACGGGGAGACAAGUCCAGACCCCUGGGCUCUCCCUGAGGAGUUCUCCAUCCCCCUUCAUCCCCUGGCUGACUCCAACCCUUGGGCCAAAACCUCCUACGCCAAGUUCACCAAAGACUUCAUCCUCAUCUCUGAGUUCAGUGAGCAGGUUGGCCCUCAGCCUCUCCUCACCAUUCCAGAUGACCCCAAAGUCUGCGGCACCUUCGAUCUCAACUACUUCUCCCUGCGCAUCAUGUCGGUGGACUACCAGGCCUCCUUCGUGGGGCAUCCGCCUGGCACCGGCUACCCGAGGCUCAGCUUUGUGGAGGACUCGAGGGUGGUGCUGGGCGACUCAAAGGAAGGGGCGUUCGCCUACGUCCAUCACCUUACGCUCUACGACCUGGAGGCGAGGGGCUUUGUGCGACCGUUCUGCAUGGCGUACGUUUCAGCAGAUGAGAGGAAGAUCAUGCUGCAGUUUCAGGAGCUGUCUCUCCGAUUCUCACAGGCGUCCGAGUGUCUGAAGGCUGGGAACAGGAGAGCGUUUGCCAAGGAACUCCAGAGGAAGCUCCGGGACCUGGAGUACACUCACUCUGUGCUGCAGAGGGAGGAGGGUCUGCAGAGGGAGGCCGGGCCUCAGUGCAUGUACUCCGCUCACGCUGUGGAAAAGGCCAACGAGCUCGCAAACGUGGAGAAGAGCAUCUACGAACACAGAGACCUGCUGAAACAGAUCAGCUCGUACCAUCACCGCCCGCGCCGAGAUCCUCAUGCUGUCAGCUGCCAGAAGUGCGUCACGGAGUGUUUGAGUGAGUGCGAGGUGCUGUUAGACAAAUACGCCAAGCUUGCCAACCCCUUUAGUUACAGUGACAAAGGGGAGAAGGGGGAAGAAGGGCAGGGUCAGGUCGGAGAUGAACGAGGUGAAGAAGAAGUGGACGAGGAGGAAGAUGAGGGCGUUAAACGCAAGCUGUCCUACACGCCACAACUGAUCAAAGCAAAGUCCGCAAAGUGUUUCGACAAGCGCCUGAAGACCCUGCAAGAGCUGUGCGACAAUACUUUCUACGAGGCCACCGUGGAGCUCCUGAAGGACACUGAGAAGAGUUUCCGGGGUGACCUGUGCUACCUGUACACGCGCCGCCUGGACAGGGCGCUACGCAGGAAACAGAAAAUCACCAACUUCUUGUUUGAGGAGGACCUCGGGGAUGACGACGAGGAUGAAGGGGGUACAAUGAGACCAUUCUGUGCUUUGAACCAUGCUGUAGAUAACUAUACACUCUUAAAUCCGCCUCCUAUCGUGCUGGAACCAGAACUUCUAGAGUUAGAUACUCUGGAGCCUCCAAAUCCUCCCUCUGAGACUGGCCAUGCUCAAGAGUUCUGCGAGCUCGGACUUGUGGAGAGCCAUCUGGAUUCCUCACCCUCGGACCAGACUCUGACCACCCAGGAGAGCUCGGAGGAAACCAAAGGAAGCUUCAGCAGCGACAAGAGCGGGAUGGGUCCAGCAGAGAGACAACAGAAUCUAGCUAGUAUGACGUCAGAAGCUCCUGAUCCGGAUUCUGAUCUGACCCCUGACGCCGAACAUAACACUGAUCUGGAGAGGGAUAGCAGCAGUGAAGAGGUUGAGACCACUGCUGGGGACGACGAGGGUGACCAGACACCCGUGUCCUUACUCGAGGUGUCAGAGCUGGAGGCCAGCAGGGAGGAUGAAUGUGACGGAGGAGCUGAUGGGCCGUGUGAGAUCGAGUCGGAUUUGCUGGUUCCAAUAGACACGGCGUGCUGUAUGUCCCAAGAUGGUUUCCUUUACGAAGCUUCUGCCCCAGAAAAGGUGCCUCACCUCAGCCAAAACUCCCACUCGCAGCCCGGUCAAACCUUUGUGGUCAACCAGGAGCCCCAGGCUCUACUUCCACUCCAGGACGACUAUACAGUUGGUUCUCCGUCCUCAGAAAGCCCUGCAGCCGCGCUGGAGCUCCCUGUGGGGCUCCUUGGAGACGCAGUUUCCCGUACCUCAGCGGAGGAUGGGUCAGACUGUACCAUGAGUGCUUCUACAGGGUCCGAUCGGGCUGCUUCACCUCUUGGCUACGGGGGUGUGGUGACCCUGCGCCAGAGGAAGAAGGCCGGACAAGGAGCCUUGAGGUUUGUGCGACAGUACCCGUUUGCCAUGCAAGCUCUGUGGUGUCUACUGAGCGGAAGAACCCUGGUGGUGCUCGGGGCUGACGAGGGGAGAGUCCGCCGACUGGUUGCUGCUCUGGCUCUCUUCGUGCCUGGUCCUGGAAGGUGUGGAGAGAGAGUUCAAGCCUGGCUGUCCUGCCCGUUCACCCUUACUGACCUGCAGAGGUGGAAACUUAUUGGAUUGCAGAGAGUAGCGACCCCUGUGGGUUCCAGCAUGCUCUACUCGCUGUCCCGCUACAGCCGCUACAUCUCCAUCCUGGAUGCCGACCAGAAGACCUUACGCUGUCCGCCGUACCGUGGCCAACUCCUUGCCAACAUAGCUGACCACCGCACCUACAUCCGCCGUGGUUCCACAUACUUCCUCCACUUACAGAGCACGCUGUGUCGCCUGGCGGCCAAGGCCUUCCUGUUUACCUUCACCCACCACCUCCACCUGCCGGUCAGCUCCACGGAAGGGCCCGAGGUCGUGGAGGGUCGACGCCGCUGCUUCCUGCAGGAGCAGCUAGGGCUGGGCGAGGAGGACAGCCUGAUACUGCUCUACCUCAGCCAGCUCGUCACUCAGCAGUACCUACAGCCCGGCAGGAGCAGCGCAGCAGCAACUUUUAGUUUUAACUACACCACCAGCGUUUUUUACAAAAUCUAAUAUAAUACAGGGAGGAGGAAUCCCACACUUGUUUUAACAGAAUUCAUGUUUGACCCUUUUGGUUUUUAAAGGACCAAAGGGGGUCUUUUUAGUUUCAGGACAAACUCUGAGCUGGUUACUGUUUAAUCUCUCUCCGCCUUGCUGUCUUCUCUCUCUGUGUGCAGGAGACAGAGUGAGUCGUGAAUGUCAGUGAGUGUUUACCUGCGUGCGUUUAGUUCCAGAGCAUGUCGACACUCACAAAGACGCAGAACAGAGCAGGCGAAUCUCCGCUCUGCUCAUUGUCCCUCGAGUCUUUUGUGUGUUUUUCACCUCCAUGUCCAAAAAAAAAAAAGAAAGAUAAGAAAUGUUACAUGUGCUGACUUGUUUAAGGUCAGUCCCUGGCCCCGCCACCUCAACCACAUCUCACAUUUCAUCUUAUAAAACUCGAUCCAACAUGUGCGUCUGCCAGCUCGCUAACAGGUUCAGUCACAGCUAUGAUAUCUCAGCUAUAUGUGAACAUGUUUUUCAGGAUAACUGUAACAAACUCACACAUGCUGACAUUUUGACUGUCUAAGAAACCUGAUCAGCACGACACAGGCUUGUUACAGCUGGUUUUGUGACACGCCUCUCUCGUUGAAAACACGAUUUCCAAAAAGGCAAACACCUUUCUGUCCUUUUUUUUUAAUAUACAUAUACAUAUAUAUUUGUUUCACUUUCUUUUAGCGACACACAUUCCUGCGGUAACGGAUACAAAUCCCCGCUUUGUUCCAAAAACAGAGACACAAUGUUGGAUUUGACCUUUCAAGAGUAAACAUUCCCAGAGGCUGCUUUCAGGUAGUGAUGCAUGAGAAAGUGUAUUUGCUGUGUGAAUUAGACCUAGUCGGCUCCAAUGUGUGAUAUUGCAUGUCCAGAGAAAUAACGUCAUCACGCGCACACACACACACACUCACCCACGCAGGGCCAGCAGCAGCUAAAAAACCCCCGUCGAUAUUAUAAACCGCUGGCGAGCAUUUUUCCAUUAAUGUUACUCACACGGCCGGGAACAUUUUAAAGCUAAUUAACCUAAAUGUAUUGAACUUCACUGUCGUCUUACAGUUGUGUGAGAGUGUUGUGGUGUUAGCAUGAGACCGUCUUGUGCCGGGGUGAAUCACUGUAUUGAUGUUUCUGUUCUGUUCUAUUCGGAUGUGGGCCAGACGCUGGAGGAGACGUUGCUGAGAGUGAUGAUGUGUUUGUAUAGAUUUUAUUAUGGAGGGAAAUUUCCUGUGCCAUCAAAAGCAAAACUCUAAGCUUGACACUUGAUUUAGGACGGUCGCAAUCCUGUGCUGUGAACAAAACAACGUAUUUAUUGCUUUAGGACAAAAUUUGGAUCUUCAUGCUGAGUACACUCAGAUUUCCUCUUUUUUUUUUUAGUUCUGGCCAGUGAGACAACACAGACGAAGCGUCUUUGAUAGUAUUUUAGAUUUUACUGUUCCUAAUUCUGUGGAGUCCGUGAUGGAGCUGUACUUCUGUAUCUUAGGAUGGUAACUGUACUUGUGACUGCAUGGUCAGAGUUUUAAUGUGAAAGGUCAAACAAUGUGGGAUCAUGGCUGCUGUCCUUCCUGCUACGAACAAGGUUUUUAACUAUUAACCUCACAUUUUUAAUUCCACCUAACGCGUUAUUUUAGUUCACUGCAAUGAUUCUGUUUUUUUCUUUUGUUGCCUUGUCGUCUUUUUUAAAUAAUUUUUGCUCCUCUAAUGCAAAAAGGUGAAUGUAAUCUGAAUAAGCCAUACUACAUUGUGCUUAACAUGUCGUCACUCAGUGUCCUUACGUUGCCAUAUCAUGUCUUUUGUAUCUCAUCUUUAAAGGGGCCUCGUGCUCACUCCAGCCCCCGUAUUGAUUUAAAUGAAGCACGUUGUGAAUGUCCUGAUGCUUUUAUGUAAUGUUGAUGAUAUUCAUUAAUUCCAUUAAAUUAUUUGAAUCCA